AGCCACAAAAGGCACCUGACCUUGUUCGGGAUUGCACCGUGCCUUAUCGUCUGUCUACCCCAUGAGACGGCAUCACGGGAUGAACAAAACGAUUACCAAUCCAUCUCCAAUGUCCAGCCUUGAAGAUCAUUGCCUCUAUCAGGUAGCUUACAUCAACAUCUCGUUGGUAGUCUGUCUUGCGCUGCUCUGUUUAGCUUAAGGGACUGCAGACUUUCAUUGGCUUCCAACAACAAACUGAGAAGGCGACACUCCGGGAACAUGGCCCGGCCCAAACCCACGGUCGAGAUUCGGACAAUAAAAUGCAAUGGAGUUACGUCGAUGCUACCAUCCCCAGAGCGCUUAUCAUCGCGACUACACUGACAAGGAAUUCCGUAAUGUCUUUCUUCGCCGUUGGGACAAAUUGUUGGGAGGCCGAGAAUCGUUUUCUAGAACAUUUCCAAUUCAUGAAUAAUAAUGGCCAAGCUGCAGUAUUCUACGAUCCGACUUUCAGCUAGUCGAAGGAACCGCGGUGCCCAGCUACUUGUGAAAACUACAAGAGCUCGCAACGCUCUACCGUCAAGAUGAGGGCGUCGACCGUGAACCCCCUGGAAGUAGUCAGCCAACCAGCAAGCUCAAGUAAUAUCUUCAUUUUCAGUCAGAUAUGCGUACACGGCAUCACCUUUUUGUUCUCUAUCUUCUCUUCCUCGCAAGUAGAGCGAACGGCGCAACACCAUAUGAAGGGACCAGUCGUACUACAGCUAGACCCUCAAUUCGUGCCGACCCAGAAUGCAAGGUCUUUCCCGGAGACACCACAUGGCCAUCUGAAAGUGAAUGGGCGAGGCUGAACGAGUCUAUAGAUGGCGUUCUACUGAAGCCGAAGCCCGCAGGUUCUGCCUGCUACCCUGGUCCUGACUUCGACCAGACCCGAUGCCAGUUCCUGGUCAGUGGUACCUCGUCAACUCGAUUCUGGCUCGACGAUCCCCUUACGGAGUUAGCGCAAUGGACUCAAGGAAGUUCUUGUGUGGCUACUCUUACCCCUGCUGGGAAUUGUACCCGAGGAGGUUUCCCCGAAUACGUCGUCAACGCUACGUCUGCCAAACACGUUCAGGGUGCCGUGAACUUUGCAAGAGAGAAGAACAUUCGCUUAGUGAUCAAGAACACAGGACAUGACUUUGGAGGAAGAUCAGUGGGAGCAGGGUCGCUUAGUGUCUGGACACACUGGUUGAAGCGUACCGAGUUCAUUCCUUCUUAUCAGAUAGGCGAGUACAGUGGGAUGGCAGUCCGGAUCGGAUCGGGCGUUGAAGCCUGGGAAGUCUCCAAUCUCAUGGCAGCCAACAACAUCAGCGUUGUCGCAGCCGGGUGCAACACCGUUGGCGGAACUGGUGGAUGGCUAAGCACUGGCGGACACAGCACCGUUACUUCGACAUUCGGGUUAGGCGCUGAUCAGGCUCUAUCGCUCGAGGUGGUCACGGCCGACGGCAAUCUAGUGACUGCUGACCCUUUCACGAAUACAGACUUGUUCUGGGCGAUGCGUGGAGGAGGCGGAGCAACCUACGGGAUUCUCAUCUCGGCAGUCAUGAAAGCGUAUCCGCCUAUCAGCAUAUCGUCGUCAUCACUUAGUCUUACGGUCUCCAAUACAGGCACUGUACGCGAUGUCGAGACGUUCUGGCAGGGUGUCGCCGCGUAUUACCGGUUCGCUGCGGAUGUUCUCGACGCCGGCGGUUACGGCUUCAGCUACAUCUAUCCGAUGGAGAACAACACCUAUCGGUUCACCACAAGCAGCUCAUUUCCCGGGAUGGCGUCCACCGUAGCUCACAAUUUUAUGCAGCCGUUGUACGACACUUUGACAAGAGUUGGCAUCAGCAUAUCAAAUCCUACGAUAGGGACAGCGAGACCAUAUGGUUCUCCGCGCGGCGGAACAGGCGAUAGACCAGUCAACACCAGAUACAGAUCUCGUCUAUUACCCCGGGAGAACUGGGAGGAUGACGACCUCUUCAAUCAAACCAUGAAAGCCAUCCGGAAAGCUGUCGAGGGAGGCUUUGAGAAUGACUUCUACUUCCACGGUACCUUAACGUCUCCGACUGAGGAGGUGGCGGGAUGGCCAGGCAGCAAUAGCGCAGUCAUACCAGCCUGGAGGAAGAAUCGCAUGCACGCAAUGCUGAUGGAUGUGCAGCCCGACGGGCUCACGGCACAACAAGCGAUCGACAGAAACAACUUAAUGCAAGGAUACAUGUCUCUGCUCCGCGAUGUGUCGCCUGGUGCAGGCUCAUAUAUGAACGAGGGUGACCCCGGCGAGCCGAACUGGCAGCAAGCUUUCUACGGCGCGAAUUACGAGAGGUUGCUAGAGAUCAAGCGAAAGUGGGAUCCGACAGGCGUAUUCUGGGCUCCCACGACCGUCGGCAGUGAAGCUUGGGAAGUACAAGCUGUCGAUGGGUACCCUAAUUCGCAGAAUGGGAGGCUGUGUCGCGUUGCGGGAUGAGGACACGAAGUGCGAUUAAGGGUACAGUGAAUAUUGAUGUGAGAUGGGCGUGAAUGAGAUCAUAUGAAGUAGACAGGAUAUUGGCUAUUUGAUAGAGCUAUCGGCACAAAGGUUACGUAGUGUUUCACUGUGAGAUAUAAUAUAUCUCAGUUAGAUCUGAUGUGCAACAUUAGGAAUGUCGUGCUUAGAGGCACAGC